AUGCCGCGGAAUCCUCUUAUCGGCCUUGUGGGCAAGCCGUCCGCUGGCAAGAGCACAAUGCUCAACAGCCUGACGGAUGCCACAUCCAAAGUCGGUCGCUUCACAACGAUCGACCCCCAGCGCGCCAUCGGCUACCUUCACAUCCCGUGCGCCUGCGCGCGCCAUGGCGUCUCCGACCGCUGCAAACCCAACUACGGAUCAUGCGUGGACGGCGUACGGUCGGUACCCAUUGAACUCCUAGACGUAGCUGGGCUCGUGCCCGGCGCGCACCAGGGCAGGGGACUGGGAAACAAGUUUUUGGAUGACCUACGGCACGCAGAUGCGCUGAUUCACGUGGUGGACGCCUCGGGAACCGUCGACGCCGAGGGCAAGGAGACGCGUGGAUACGACCCUUCCGUGGACAUCGCGUGGCUUCGGAGUGAGAUCGUGGCGUGGAUCAAGGGCAACCUCUGGGAGAAGUGGGGCUCGAUCAAGAGGCGGCACAUCGCCGUCAAAGCGACGCCGGUGGAAACGUUGCAGAACCAGUUCUCGGGGUACGGCUCGACCGCCAAGGUGGUUGCGCGUGCGCUCGACCGGCUCGGCGUCAAAGAGCCGUUGGAAGAGUGGGACGAGGCCACGGUGGACCGGGUCGUGGAGGCCUUCACCGACGAGAAAUUCCCGACAGUCAUCGCGCUCAAUAAGAUCGACCACCCGGACGCCGACAAGAACAUCAGCAAGAUCGCCAAGAUGCAAGAUCCCAACACUAUCGUCCUGUGCUCGGCCAUCUCCGAGAUCUUCCUAAGGAAGAUGGCCAAGCAGAGGUACAUCAAGUACACCGAGGGCAGCGAGUUCGUGGAUACCCGGGAGGACCUGAUCGAGCAGGGCGACCCCGACGGUGGCGGACUGAGGGAACUGGAUGAGAAGAACCGGAACCGCAUCGAGAAUCUCAAAGACAUGGUGCUGUACCGUUUCGGCUCGACGGGGGUUGUGCAGGUGCUGUCCAGGGCAGCCGACUUGCUGGGUCUCGUGCCCGUAUUCCCCGUACGGAACACAGCAACUUUCGCAUCGGGCGCUUCGGAGUCCAAGGUCGUGUUUCGGGACUGUGUGCUGGUGAAGAAGAACUCCACAGUCGGCGAUGUCGCGCGAAAAGUCAUGGGCGAUGCGCCAAUAGCGUAUGUAGAGGGGGUAGGGGGUACCCGCGUUUCGGAGGACGGUGUUGUGGCAGUUGGGAAACACGAUGUAAGUGACGCCAAAGUGACAAGCGGACGUUCUCCGCCGUGGGUUUCUACGUAG